AAAUCAAUUUUUAUUUAUUCGGAACGUAAGUGCAAGAAAGUCCAAAAGGAAGUGGAGCAAAACGGACGAUCCGAAGUAUCCACUUCUCUCCUCUUCUCUUCUCUUCUCUCCUCUCUCUCUUGCUAUAAACUAGUGGAGUUAGUACAAUUAUUUCAUAUCUUUUCUCUCUCUUCAGACUCAGUAAAAAUUACACUACACACACUCCAACAAAGAAAAAAAAGAAUCUUGAUUUUUCAUUCUUCAGCUGACGAUCUUGGAAUUACUGUUUUUUCUUAUCAAUGGAUGUCAUUUAGAAAGGACAGAAAAGGGUACAAGAAAAGGACAAAAAAGGAGCAUUAUUUGACAGUGUCAGAUAGAGUUUUGUUGAACCUGAACCAUCAUGGCUGUGGUUGAGAAUGCUGCUAUUAACGUUGUUGACAGAAUUGUGCAGAAAGAUGUUGUUGUGGUUGUCGAUCAUCAGUCAGUGAAAACGAAACAACAGAAUGGUGUGCAGAGGUCAAAGGUACCAAAUGAUCAGAAUUUCCAGCAAGAACCCGAGAAAGCUAAUGGAAUUCAGCAGCAACAACAACAGCACUGCGUCAACGGUAAUGGAGUUGAUCACAGUAUUGAGCAUCAGAAAAUGAACGGUGUUGAUUUAAGGAAUGGAGGGGUGGUUGAUGGCGAUGGUGGCGAUGAAGGGUUUAAGAAGGAGAUGAGGGAUUUGGAAGAAAUGCUUUCCAAAUUGAAUCCCCAGGCUGAAGAGUUUGUGCCACCAUCACUGGCUAAUAACAACAUGCUAGUGCCAUUUCCACCCGGCACAAUGCAUUUUGGCUUUGAUGCUAACAAUUUUCUAAUGCAGAUUGACCAAGGAGGAGUUGCCAAUGGAAAUCCCAACAAAAGGAAGAAGAACGGUUAUGGUUAUGGAAGGAGAAGGAUGAAUACCCGAACAGGCAUGGCCCAAAGGGAAGAUGUUAUAAGGAGGACGGUUUAUGUAUCCGACAUUGAUCAUCAGGUUACUGAAGAGCAUCUCGCAGCACUCUUUCUUAACUGUGGACAGGUUGUCGACUGUCGUAUAUGUGGUGACACCAAUUCUGUACUUCGAUUUGCCUUUAUUGAAUUUACAGACGAAGAAGGUGCAAGGACUGCUCUGAGUCUUGCAGGAACUAUGCUUGGGUUUUAUCCCGUGAGAGUGCUUCCUUCUAAAACUGCGAUUGCACCGGUUAAUCCAACCUUUCUUCCAAGGUCUGAAGAUGAAAGAGAGAUGUGUGCUAGAACUGUAUACUGUACAAAUAUUGAUAAGAAGGUUACUCAAGCAGAUGUCAAGCUGUUCUUUGAGUCCUUGUGUGGAGAGGUUCAUCGCCUGAGGUUGCUUGGUGACUAUCAUCAUUCGACUCGUAUAGCUUUUGUUGAGUUUGUCAUGGCAGAGAGUGCUAUUGCAGCACUCAACUGCAGUGGUGCAAUCCUGGGAUCACUUCCCAUAAGGGUAAGCCCAUCGAAGACUCCUGUGCAUCCCCGUUCUCCUCGCUAAGCAGUGCUCUGAUCAAUCACCUUGGCUUUGCUUUCCAGUUGAUCUUCUGCUUAUAAGCAUAUCUAAAUAUAUACAUAUAAUAUUAGAGUACUUUUGUGGCAUUCGUCUUUUAGUUUUCCGUACUGAAUCAGCUGGGACUCUCUCAUCCGCGGGAUACUUAUCAGGUUUAUUAAGCUUAUAGAGUUGGAUGGUUUAUGAGGGGGUAAGUAGAUUUAAUUUAGUUGGUAUAUUAUGUUUCUAUAGACAAUGCCUUGGGUACCAAUACUAGAUGGAUGUUCUUUACAGUUAUAUUUAUCAGUAACUUCCUCAAAAUUCGAUCC